AUGACGAUAGAGACGAGCGAAGUGAUUCGGUAUCUGAAGAUUCUGUUGAUUUCCGCCGGAGCUGUGUCGGUUUCCAUGGCGAUGAGAGCCGGCGUUCCGGUUCUCGUGCAUGAUCUCUCGGCGGUUUGGACCGGGUUCACGGCGCGCCUCAAGCCGCUGUACCUUUACGUCGCCAUUAACGUUAUCAUCGUCACCAUCGUUCUCGCCUCUCGGUUCCAACGGGAGAGUAUUGAAGAUGAUGAGACGCAACUGCAUCCCCGAGAAUUUCGGAGGUUGUUAGUAACCGCCAGGACUCCUCCCUCGCCGGACUUGAACCGUCUGGUGGCCGUUGCUCAGCUGGAGCUCAAACCGGAUUUUGAACCGGAGGUGAACGGUUCUAUUGUAGCUGUGAGUGAAGAUGAUGGCGGCGCCGGCGAGUAUUCUAAUUUCGCCGUCGUCGCUCCGCCGCUGGGAGAUGAAACCGGACUUUUCCGGUGGGCUGCGGCUGAGAAAUUAUCACUCGCCGACCAAAAACCGCCGCCGAAAGCCGGCCUUGAAGGUCUGAGGUUGCCGGCGAGGCCGAAACAGCACGAGACACUGGAGAACACGUGGAGAAUGAUAACCGAAAGGAACCACCUCCUGACGCCGGCGAUACAGCUAAGGCGGUCCGACUCGUUCGAGAACGCCUCCGCCGACGAGAAUGAGAAUCACGCUCCUCCGUAUCCUCGGCCGCAGGACCGAGACGCGCUCAAGUCGCGGACGUUCAAGGACCGGACCAACUACGACUCGCCGAAGGCGGCGGCGCUGCUGCCGCCGGUGAAGGCCAGGAAAGAGCCGUCGCUGAGUCAGGACGAAUUGAACCGGCGAGUGGAAGCGUUCAUCAAGAAGUUCAACGAGGAGAUGAGGUUGCAGAGGGAACAGUCAAUACAGCAGCACAUGGAGAUGAUCAACCGUGGGGCCUACUAA